CUCUCUCUUCCUUUAGAAUUUAGCUAGUCAACCUCAUAUAUAUAUAUAUAUAUAUAAGUGUUUUUCGUUCCCAUGUUUUUAAAAACCAACACUACUCAUCUUUUUCACAUAUCUUUUCUCUCUUUCCAACAACAACAACAACAACCAACUCUUUCUCCAAACCCCACCUUUCAAAAAUCCACACAUAUACAUAUACACAUAGCUAUAUAAAAAUGUGGAUGAUGGGUUAUAAUGAUCAUCAUCAUCAUGGUGGAGGAGAGCUUAAAGAUUCAUUCAACAUUACCACAGCUAGAAAACUUCGUCCUCUAAUUCCAAGACCACUUCAUCAACAACAACAACAACAACAACAACAACAACCAACAAACCCUAAUAACAAUAUUAACAACAAUUUCCAAACCACUCAACAAUAUCAUCAACUCGUGUCUAACACGAACACGAACACGAGUACUGAUUACCAUCAUCAUCAGAAUAUGAUGAUGAUGAUGAGUAAGAAAGAGUUGAACAUUGGUCAACAAGUUGUAGUGAGUUCGCGGUGGAACCCUACACCCGAACAACUACGAGCUCUCGAGGAGCUUUAUAGGCGCGGGACUAGAACCCCGUCGGCCGAGCAAAUUCAACACAUUACGGCUCAACUUCGACGGUAUGGGAAAAUUGAAGGAAAAAAUGUUUUCUAUUGGUUUCAAAAUCAUAAAGCUAGAGAGAGACAGAAGAGACGCCGUCAAAUUAUGGAGUCAUCUUCGUCUUCAUCAUUAUCUCCUGAUAAUGAUAAUCAAAAUCAUCAGGAAGAAAUGACAUUAUUAGAAGGAAGUAACAAUAAUAAUAAGACAAAGAACUGGGUACCCACUAGUACUAGUACUAAUACUCUUUUAGAGGAAUGUAAUGUUUCAAUAGAAAGGUCAGGAAAAGCAACAGGAGAAUCUGAUCAAUGGACUCAUCAUCAUCAUGAUCAUCAUCAUCAUCAAUUCAACCAAGGAGAAUUACAACAACAACAACAACAACAGCAUAGAAGAAACUUUAUUACAGAAAGGAAUGCCACGUGGCAGACAAUGCAGUUGUCUUGUCUUCCUCUUCUUCCCACUACUUGCCACGUCAUCACCACCACCAACAACAACCCUAACCCUAACCCUAACCCUAAUAUUACCACUACUGCAGCCACCUCAUUGUUACUUACUACAACAUCAACAAUGGGACAAAGACAAAGUCUCCUUAAUUAUAAUUAUAAUAAUAAGAACAAUAAUAUUGAUAUUUUCAAAACGACACCGUAUAGAGAUGAAAAUUAUCAUGAGGAAGAAGAGGAUGAGGAUCAUGAGGAUGAGGAGGAGUCUCAAACCCUAGAGCUGUUUCCACUUAGAAGUGGCAAUUAUUACAACACUGAGAAAGAGAAUGAUGUUUCGGCCAAUGGUAUCGCGACAAGUGUCACUACUACUAAUACCACUACUUGCCAGUUCAUUGAGUUUCUUCCAUUAAAGCAAUGAUAUAUUAAUGAUUAUGACACUACAAGUGUAGUAGUAGUAGUUAGCUAGUUAUAUAUAGUGUAUUUAUAUAUAUCACCACAAACAAAAAACACUUAUGUGUAUGUAUUUUGUUGGGAAAUCAUGAAGACUUUUUUUAUUUAUUUUU